CGGUUAACAAGUAUUCCAAGGAAUAAAAGUAUCAAUGGACUCGCAAUUUCCUUUAUUAAUCACAAGUAAAGUCCCUACAAUAUGCCCGUCAAUCUAGCAUUUUUCGUCCUCCUCCUGCUCCAAGCUACUCUUUCCCUGUCUCUCACCUCCUCUCGCACGAACCCUCUCCCAUUUCAGCAUGUGAGAAAGCCGAUCUUUGCUCCGCUGCCAAUCGACAAACAUGGCUCCAUCACUGACCAGCCAUCUCGACCCGCGUUCCAACCUGGCAAAGCAUACACGUAUAACUUGAGCUUGAAUACUACCUCCGAGCUCUAUUCGUACAACUAUCAGCAUGACUCUGACACAGGCAGUGGGAUUGCCGACGCAGACAGCUCUGGGUUCUCGGCUGCCGUCGCGUCUAACUUGACCAUUCUGACGCAAGCUGAUUCACCAGAACCAGGCACACUGAUCUUCCUUGCUUACGUCUCUGUUCCUGAUUGUCUGGUAGAAGCCGGCAAUCCGAUUGGAGAAAGUGGGCUUCGUGUCAUCAGAAAUACAUUCGGAACCGAUCAAGAAUGCGUCAAGCGGAGCGAAGGUGUGGACAACCAGACAAGCGUUUGGGUCACACAGGACCUCACCAGUGGGGAGUUUAAGAACGUAUACUACAAUGCCUCUGUCACAUACGAUCCGGAUUCGCAAUCGCAAGAUCCACUUGGCUACCACAAAUUGAUCCUAAGCUCUCUGCGUACGCUGCAGUCGUACUAUAACGGAUCAGAGAGCUACGAACAUGAGACAACCGACCGUUUCGGUAACCCUCGUACUGUGAAGUAUCAAUAUAUAGGCAAGCUCGCCGACUCGCAAUGCUGGCAGGCGGAUUCGCAAAGUAUAAACGGGGAUGAACUUGCCGCAGACACGAAGAAUGUGUGUUGGUCUCCUGCAGGAGGGGUCUCCGCCAUGACGGGUGGCGACGCUACAGAGCUGGGCACCACUCAUGGCGCAGCCGAAAUCGUCGAUAAGGUGACGGUAUCGAGCGGCUUGUACGCGACUCUUAGCCAGAACGGCACCCUAGAAGUCCUCCAAAGCGGGAUUCCUACUCUGGUCAAUUACUCCUCUUGCUCUGGUCCAUUCUCCGACAUACAGCAGGGGCAGAGUGCUAAUCUUGACCCAAUCCUUCUCGCCCUGAAUCCUAGCGGCCAAGUCUGUCGUUUCGCUUGGUCGGGGAGCGGUACGCCGCAGAUUGAGGUUGACACGUCUCCGCCGUUCUCGGGCCUGGCCGGCGGUCCUCCCGUUGAGCUGCCUGGCCAAUAUCGGUCACAGUGGGCUCUAGACACAUUCGGUGCUAUUUGGGAGACACAUGACACAUCUCCUAACUCACCCUCUUCGCCUAUUACGUGGACAAACUACACGGAUCCCGGAAGUGUGAAUGACGCCUUUCGGCCAAUUCUAGUAAGGCAAAUGUUAUAAAUAUCGCUUGGGAUCAACUGAUAUAUUCGCAGUUCUGGCCCUUCCACCCCAGCAUCCCAGUACAGGCCACGCUUUAUGGUUUCUACCUGUCAGACGAACUGAAUCCAUAUAUACUGUAUCUUGCGAACGGAGACACUCAGCCGAGCGUCAGCCAGUUUCCAAGCACUGCCAACGUGAAUGAUAUCCUCACGUUUCUCCAUCUCGCCCCUGU